CCUGGGAAAAGUUCCAAGACGCUGUCUUGUUUAUUUCAGAAUUGCAACAUACGGACGGCCAGGACGAGCGAAAUCAUGCCCGAGUACAUGCUGUGCAGGAUCUGCUUGACAGAGGACAUCAACUCGGAGGCGAUGGCGCCCCUGUUCGAUGACGAGGACGCCCAGUGCCGGGAGCUGGUGCGCAAGAUUGAGGAAGUGGGCAGCAUCAAGCUGGUGCCGCUGCAGAACAUUCCGAGCAUGCUGUGCUACAGCUGCGUGGAGCAGCUGACCAGCGCCCACAAGUUCCGGGAGCUUUGCCAGGAGAGCGAGCGGACGUUUGCCACGAAUGUGGUCAAGGCCGAGAUGAAGUCGGAGCCCACGGACGAAGUGGCACAUAUAGUGGCGGAUCACAUCGAGUAUAUCUACGAGUCGGCCAACGACUUCAUAGACGGCGUGGAGGAGGACAUCGAAAUGGAGAACAUGCUGGAGGAGCGCCUGGAGGACGGCAUUGCGGACACAACCGAGUCCUUCGAGAUUAACACGGUGGUGGACGAACUGGACGAGAACGAGCUGCUGGUGGCGAAUAGCGCCGAUAGCGACUACGAGCCCAGCGAGCGCUGCCGCAAACCCAAGGUGCGGAAGUCGCGGCUGGGUAAACGUGGACGUGGACGACCCCGUGGCUCUGGUUCCGGGCAUCCACGCAGUCCCAGCCGCGAGCGACCGACUGUGCACUCCAGCUGCAAGUCCUCGCCCGAGGAGUCCUCCACGAACAUUAUGUGCGAGAUCUGUGGCAAUAUCUACUCUAAGCGAGCGGCGCUCAACAUUCAUAUGCGCCGUCACAUGGCCGACAAGCCUUUCGAAUGCGAAAUCUGCGGCAAAACCUUUGCGGGUCCUUCCGAGCUAAAUCGUCAUAUACGAGUGCAUACAGGCGAGAAGCCCUUCACGUGUAAAUACUGCAAUCGCUCGUUUGCGGACCGCAGCUCCAACAUUCGGCAUGAAAGAACUCACACGAACGAGCGACCCUUCACUUGUUCCACCUGCGGCAAGGCCUUCUCCUACUCCAAUGUGCUAAAGAACCACAUGCUCACCCACACGGGCGAGAAACCCUUCCUUUGCCGGCCGUGCAAUAAAACCUUCUCCCGCAAGCACCAACUGGAGCAGCAUAUCGGCACUAUGACCCACCAGCAGACUGUUAGGAAUCACCAGACUAACGACCAUCAGCGGCACUCAGAGAUCUACUAGUCUUAAAUCCUGCAAUUAACGUUUUCCUAGAUAAAUAUAUAAUUUAACUAUAAAUAGAUAUUGUAAAAUAAAAAGAGUACAAAUGGUCCGAGCCGGAUGUGUGAAA